GGAAAACGUAAACAAUACGUAGCGGAAAGUCGAUAUAAGCGAGGUGCGCACGAGUCCCGCGCAUUUCUUCACGCGUGCGCCCGGGGACAACAUGGCUGUCUUUAUUUGCAUCACUGCAGCUUUGUUCGCGGCUGCCUCAGCAGCACCUCCCGGCCAGCAGCCAAGAUUCUACCAGGGCCCUGGGAAUCCUAAUUUUCAGCCCGGGCUGGAGCAGUAUUACUUGGACAACGCGGAAAUGGCGAACUACUACAACCAGGCGCAACAGAAGCAAGGCCAAGUGAACGCGAACGCGCCGGCUCGGCUGGAGAACUUGGAGCCUGACAGCGAAGUGGAACUGGUUCCAGGAGUGCAGCAGCCGCAGCAGCCGCCUCAACAGAACCCAGUAUCUCCCAAUUUGCCGGGCUUGGUGCCUGGACAGCGGGUGUUCAUUGUACAUAUGCCAGUCCCGGGAUAUAGGCCUGGCACUGUUGGAGGGUACCAGCCCCUAUACAUUGUAGCUGCAGCACCUCAAGGGGGAAACGCUGGAGCAUACGCAGCCAAUGGAUACCAAAAUGCCAUCCUACUAGACCCUUCCGGGCAAGCAGUGCUGUCUCCAGUGAACGGGUACUACAGACCGGGCCUGGGGCCUCAGCAGGCCAACCCUGGACUACUACUGGGAGCGCCUCUUGGCUUGCAGCGACCCUUCGACUUGUCGUACCAAGAUCCUAACCUAGCAUACCAACAAGUUGGACCUCAAGGACCGGGACCAGAGGGUCAGCAGAUUCGCCUAGCUCCCGUGCCAUUCCGUCAACCUUCAGCCGCCGCUAACGCUGCUCCAAAUGCAAAUCAAUCAGCAGCACCUUCAGAGCAGAAGCGUGUUGGCCAAUCAUCGGAGAGUAACGAGCUGAAGGAAGAACCGAAGCGCAACGCGAGACCUGCGCCUGCGCAUGCCCCGCGCAAACCUUAGACUGCUAGCAAAAUAUCUGCACAGUAGAUGUAGUGUGUUAACCCUUUUAGGGUUUCGAGUCACAUAUGUAACAUUGUGAA